AAAAAAAAAAAAAAAAAAAAAAAAAAAAAAAAAAAAAAAAAAAGAAAAACCCAAAGCAGUCCGAUGUUCCGGCCCCGACCAAACCCUGUCGACCAAUUCGCAUACCCAUUUGGGUUCAGCGCCGACCAAGAGACGGAUUUCUCAUACUAUUCACAGCAGCAAUUGCCAAACCCAUUUCUGCUUGCGGCGCUUGGAUGCGACUCGAUUCAGGUCAGCCGACGAGAAGCUGGAGUUGAAGAAGCUGGAGCUCAGCAGCAAGAGGGACCUUGCACAAACGAGAACACCAUCGCUGCGGAGCCAGGCACAAGUGGGGCAGUCAUCAACCAAAGAGAGGGGGCUACCCUGUCUGGGGUGGCUCCUUCACCUCCCCAUACAACACCAGCAACCGCAGCUGCAGCUGCUGCUCUCCUCGAUCGUCAUCGCUACAGCAGAACCAACCCCACCUCGUCUGCCGUGGUGGUUGGUGAUUUCGACUUUUCGAGCUACCAGCUUCCAAGCCAUCAACUCAAUCGACAUAGUCUCCCUCAGUCUCAGCCAUCUUCUCACCAACUAUCGGCUUCGUUGCCAUCGCCCUCUUCUCUGACAACUCACAGUCUCGUUCGCAAUCGACUAAACGACCCGGAACUCCUCGCGACCGCUCGUCUUUUGCGGCAGACGACGGUCAUCACCAAGAUGGACGAAGGCGUUGCCGCAACCGACGACCUCGCUGCACAGGAGGCUGCUGCAAGGGAAUAUCAGCCACAACUUACGGGCCCUCUCGUCGGUUUCAAACAACCAAGCCAUGCCAUAACCGAAGAAUACGCCAAGGCCGACCCGGUCUACGUGGAGAAGACGAUGGCCCUCCCAAACACUUACUCUCACUAUCGCCCCAUACUUGGCGACGGCAAUUGUGGCUGGAGAGCAAUCGGCUACGCGUACUUUGAGACCCUCAUCCUGACAGCGACUUCUGCUAAGAUUAAGGGAGAGCACGAGCGCAUCACUUCUUUGAACGACUACAUCUCCAACGUUGGUGGAUAUGGUUCGUAUAUCUGGGAGGACAUGGUGGACGAAACAUUGGCACUUCUCAAGGAAAUCGGUGACUUCCUUGUCCAAGGAGAUCAAGAUGGCGCCUUGUCUCACCUGCACACCCGCUUCAAUCAACCCGAGGUCUCUAGUGCCAUUGUCUAUCACCUUCGCAUGCUGGCUGCCUCGUACCUCAAGGGUCACCCUACCGAUUACGAGCCCUUCACCAACGGCGGAGUCCAAAAUCACUGCAGUGGUACGAUCGAGCCUAUUGAUCGCGAGAUUGAUCAUCUGGGAGUUACCUUGCUUGUUGAGGUUUUGUUGAGGCCGGCUGGUUUUGUUCUCGAAAUUGCAUAUCUGGACCGCAGCGCUGGUGAACAGGUUAAUGUCUACCUUUUCCCGGACGAGGCCAACGGCCAGGACGAGUCGACUUUGGGCCCUGUGAUUCACCUCCUAUUCCGCCCGGAUCAUUAUGACAUCUUGUACAAGCCUGCACCCCAACCUGUAGACGUGCAGGUAUACCGCGCCAUGGUUCCCACUCAAAUAGUACCCGAGAUACACCAAAUGAGCCAAUGGGGAAUGGACUCAACUGCCGCCAAUAUCAACUAUGAUGUUCUUAGCAUGAUUCCAGGGUUCGACUUGAAUCCCAAGGGCGUUCAGCGUCAACAGGAAUUGAUGAAUGUCCCAUCUUACAGUCAACGCCCAGACCCAUCCGCGUCAUGGACUUCGUCGCCAACGUCCUACACGCAACAGAUGACACCACCAGCUCCAUCACCAACCUCGUCGGUUACCUUUGCUCCCCAGCAAAGUCGCCAACAGUCUCUUCAUGAAGUACCUCAACAAUCGUACGUUGCGGUGCCUCAUCAUCUCCAGCACCAGCAUCAAUACCACGACCCACCGCAGCACCAAGAACAACAGCACCCAAUACGGUUUAGCACACACUGCUGGCCUACAGCACAAUCCAAUGCAUUCUCGGACUUCCCUGUUGCAAAGGAAGAACAGACUUUACAGACGGCAACAAUGCAGAACAGCCCGCUGAAUACGAUACACUUCAAUAACCCCAACUUCCAGCCCCAAGAGUACAAGCCUGGAGACGAAGGGUCACCCAAAGCAAUGGCAAACAAGAGAAAGGGUGAUCAGUCUGCCAAGAAGGCAAAGAAGCUUGCCGUAUCCGAUCACAAGGCCAUGGAGCGUAAUUGGAAGCCAAUGUCACACUGAGACAAGGGAACCGUGAGACGGGAAGCUGGACGUGCACGCUUGUAUUUUUGUCACAGAAGGGACUGUGUUUUCGUGUGUGAUGGCUUCCAGUACCGAGCUGGAUGUUGUACUGGGACUUUUAUGGGGGAUGACUCUACGACGCAAGAUUGCGAAAUUAUUUGUUUGAUGCUAACAUGUAUGGCCACGGCGUUUUAAUGUGUCCUUUUUCUAUCCGUUUGUAACAUGCGACGGCUUAGCCUUAGCAAACCUGCAUUUUAAGGAAAGGGAAUGUGGUGGGCGGCUACAAAUGUUGAUGACUUUUGCAUCUUGAUACCAUGUUAUUGAUAAGUAGGUGGCUCUGUCCACAAACCAACUUCGAGGCGGAAGAAAACUGGAUCGUUCAUGAUGUGAGUCUGAAGUGUUGCAAUAAUGCGAUGAGAGGAGACACUAGGCAGUGCAACAAGUGAUCCCCUAUCGUUCAAAGCACCAAAUGUUCUCUGUCUCUACAUGCAGAAGUGGUAGAAUCCGUACCUUGGGCUCUGAGGAUGAAGUAAGCGGGUAAAUAUAUUGCAGACUAGACCUAUCAAACAAACGCUCGAAGACAAAUGAGAGAGUAAAAAAAAGGACAAAUAUAUACCGUCCGUCUAACUGAUGGGCUUGUUUUGGCCAGGUCUCUUCUUCUCGAUUGCAAGAACCGUGUGUAUAAACUCGCUCUUCAAGGCGCUACCUUUGCGGUUGGCCAGUAGCUGCGCAGUCUUGAGCACGUUCUUGAUCUGGCGACCAUUGAGCUCGAUCUCGGCGAGGUCGUCAAUGUCUCGCUCUGGCACCGACAUCCUACCGCCCAAAAAGUUUCGCCAGACGGCGGCUCGCGACGCCGGCGUCAAGUCUGGGUAUUCGAGGCUCACGUGGAUGCGCGACUGGAAGGCGCGGUCGAUGUUGUCGCAGCGGUUGGUGGUCAUGAACAUGAUGCCCUGGAAAUACUCGAGGGUCCGCAGGAAGAUGGAGACGACCUUGUUGCGUUCAAGGUCGUGCGUCGACCGGGCCUCGAGGAACACGUCGCACUCGUCCAGCAGCAGCACGGCGUUCCACCGCGCCACGAGCUCCAAUAUCCGCGACAGGCCGGCCUCGACCUCGUGCGGCCGGCUGCCCAGGUCGCCCGAGCUGAGCGUGUGCAGCGGCACGCGGAGGUGUUCGGCUACCGCCUCGGCCGUCAGCGUCUUGCCCACACCAGGCGGGCCCGAGAGCAGGCAGAUGACUCCCUGGCCCUUGCCGGCGAUGACGUCGUCAAAGGAGCCCUUGGACUCGGCGUCCAGCUGGGACUCGGUAAAGGCCAUGAUGAGCUCCUUGUGGUCCUGAUCCAGGACCAGCUUGUCGAACGCGUCGUCGUCCCAGCGUAUCUCGGAGAUGCGGUCGACGUAAAAGUCUAGCCACUUUUUGGCCUUGAGGCUGUAACCCCGCGUGCGGCGGUGGCAGAUCAUCUGGUGGAAGGGCGUCAGCUUGAUGGACCCGUCCUCGUUCAGGCCGUGUUCGAGCUUGUGCGCCUCGAGGCGCUCCAGAUCCCGCGAGUUCCAGUCGUCGACGUAGCGGCGCGGUGCCGUCCAGGGCGAGAAGCGGUUGAAGCUCUCAAUGUCGACGACCACGCGCCCCGUGACCUCCACCGGCACCUCCUUGCCCUGAUGGUCCCACCCGAUGGCGGCGCCGUUGUACUGCCGGUACUUGUGGCCCGCGAGCUCCUCGAAGCGGGCACCGCGGCUGAUGAGGGCGGUGCGCAGCGCGUCCCGAUCGGCGUGGAACGACAAGGGGUUGAUGUUGAGGCCCGUGAUGGGCUUGGUGCCCAGGAACUCGGGGAUGUCGGUCGCCACGUCGGAGCGGCCAAACUCGGUCCCGGAAAAAUCGACGCACUCGCCGCGCACGCGCAGGAACUUGCCGCACUGGUUCUCCAUGUACUCGGUCUCAACCAGCUCCAUGGCCAGCGUCUGCGCGCUGGUGACGGCGACGUCGCCGGGUUGGAAGAUCAUCCAGAGGUCUGAGAAUUUGAUGACGCCGUGGCGGAUGUAGUCCUCAAAGGCGGCGAUCUUGUCGCCGAUCUCGUACCGGAGGAUCCCGUCCAGGACUGUCAGGUGCUGGCUCAUGUCCUUCUUGUCCUUGUCUUUGUCGUCGGCGUCGGCGUCUUUGGCGGCCUUGGCCACGUAGGUCUUGAACUUUUCCCAGCGGUGGACAAAGGGGACAAAGGGCGCCUCAAACUCUAGUCGGUCCAGCUCGAUGGCCACGCCCGGGUAGUCGGUCAGGAUCUCGCCCAGGGCCUUUUUGAGGUGCGGAGACUGAAUCACGAUGGAGUGCGCCUCGAGCUUCUUGCGGGCAUCGUUGGACUUGACGUUUCGCACCAGCACGGCGUACUGGGCCGUCUCGUCGUUCUCUGCCGGCUCUGGGACGUCCUUGGGAUACUUGUCCACCCACGUCCAGUUGCCGUCGCUGUCCUUGAGUGAGCGGUAGAUGUUCUUGGGGGUGGCUAGGGAGCCGCGAGGCGCGAGCUUCUUCUUGGGCUUCUUGGGCUUUUUGGACUUUUUAGACUUGCUCUUGUUGCGGUCUGCCUCUUCCUCCGUGUCCUCAUCAGAAGACUUGUCGUCGGCCUCUUCGUCCUCGGUCUCAUCUUCUGUGGUACAGUCAGAGGCGGAAUCUUCCUCCUCCUCCUCUUCGGACUCUGAAGAUGAAUCCUCAUCAACCACCUUUUUGCUACGCUUUCCAGCAACCUUGCGGGACUUGGCGCAUUUGCAGGCCGAGGUUCCGUUGGUGGCCUUGGAGUGCCGACUCCUGCGGCCGUUGGUUGCUCUAGCCAUGACGCUUCACUUGGAAGACAGGAAGACAGUGCUGCACCUAGUAAAUGAACAGGCAGAAUGUCUCUAACGUACUCCCAGGUUUGGUGAGCACACGGCAGAUAAGAAGACCUGGUAUGAGCAGUAGAUGGUGGUGUG